AUGGGAGUAAACAGGGGGGACAUGACCCUCAAUACAUUAUCAAUAAUAAAACCAGUCACUGGGUCGCUUUCAGGGAAGGUGAACCUUCCCUGCUUCUUCUCCACCAUCCCAACCUCAGCACCAGUCAUCAGUCCCAAUGGAACAGCCAUUUAUAGCAGAGAUUACUUGCGUAUCAAAUGGACCAAAAUAGAAGGAGGAGUAGAAUCCACAGUGCUGGUGGCUCAAAAUGGGGUGAUCAAAAUAGGCUCCAUGUACAGGAAUCGUGUAUCAGUGCCCAGUCACCCCGAGGAUGUAGGCGAUGCCUCACUGACAAUGGUCAAGCUGCGUGCCAGUGAUGCAGGUACUUAUCGCUGUGAGGUCAUGUACGGCAUCGAGGACACCCAGGAUACAGUUAACCUUGAUGUCAAUGGUGUGGUUUUUCACUACCGGGCAAGCACCAGCAGGUACACUCUGGACUACCAUAAGGCGAUUCAAACUUGUCGGAAUAUUGGAGCAACCAUUGCUACUUAUGAACAACUGAAAGCAGCCUACGAGGAUGGCUUUGAUCAAUGUGAUGCUGGCUGGAUUGCAGACCAGACAGUGAGAUACCCAAUUACAAAGCCAAGGAAGGGUUGCUUUGGUAACCUGAAGACAAAACCUGGUGUUAGGACGUAUGGUACCAGGAAGCCCACGGACACCUAUGACGUUUACUGUUAUGCAGACAAACUUGAUGGUGAAGUGUUCUAUGCUCCUGUGACCCGUAAGAUGACCUUUGAGGAGGCCAGUGAAGAGUGUAAGAAGAGGAAGGCUGUCCUGGCAAGUCCUGGUCAGCUCCAUGCUGCUUGGCGACUUGGUCUGGACAAGUGUGACUAUGGCUGGCUUUCUGAUGGAAGUGCACGGCAUCCUGUUGCAGUACCCCGACUGCAGUGUGGUGGAGGCCUGAUAGGUGUCAGGACCAUGUACCGUUACAGAAACCAGACCGGCUUCCCAGAACCAACUAAGAAGCUUGGAGCUUACUGUUUUCAAGAAGGUAACACAUGUUCUGAAAACAUUUGUCUGAAUGGAGGAUCUUGCUACCAGAGUGGAAGCAUCUACACAUGUAGCUGUGCUCCUGGGUACAGUGGUGAUCGCUGUGAAACAGAUAUUGAUGAGUGCCACUCAAACCCUUGCCUCAACGGAGGUACAUGUGUUGAUGGGCUGGCUUCCAUCACAUGUGUGUGUCUCCCUAGCUACACUGGGCUGUUUUGUGAGGAGGAUACGGAGACAUGUGACUAUGGCUGGCACAAGUUUCAGGGCCACUGCUACAAGUACUUCCCCCAAAGAAGAAACUGGGACACAGCGGAGAGAGAAUGUCGCAUGCACGGGGCUCAUCUCACCAGCAUUCUCUCCCAUGAGGAGCAACACUUUGUUAACCGUCUUGGACAGGACUAUCAAUGGAUCGGCCUGAAUGAUAAGAUGUAUGACAGUGACUUCCGCUGGACUGAUGGCAGGCCUAUGCAAUAUGAAAACUGGAGGCCCAACCAGCCUGACAGCUUCUUCUCCUCUGGCGAGGACUGUGUAGUGAUGAUAUGGCAUGAAGAUGGCCAAUGGAAUGAUGUUCCUUGCAACUACCACCUCACCUACACCUGCAAGAAGGGCACAGUGGCCUGUAGCCAGCCUCCUCUUGUGGAGAAUGCACGCACCUUUGGAAAGAAGCGUGAGAAAUAUGAGAUCAACUCACUGGUGAGGUACCAGUGCCGGACAGGCUUUAUUCAGAGACAUGUCCCAACUAUCCGUUGUCGUGGGAAUGGUCAGUGGGAUGACCCUAAAAUCAGCUGUAUGAACCCAUCGAGCUAUCAGAGGACUUUUAUGAGAAGACAUCAACAUAAUAGUCUCUACAGCGUCAACAACUUCAAGAGAUGGCCAGAUGAGGCCUUCCGCUUACAGCUUUACAGAGGAAGGAGAGAUAGAACUCAACAUAGGCGGAAGAGACACUGAGUGCCAAUAAACAUGGAACAGCUUCAUUGAAACAAGGACACAAAGUUGAUGCUUGUGUGAAAAGAGAAAAAAGGAUUUCAAAGGAAAAGCACAAGAGAAAACUCACAAAAGAAACCAAAUGGAUCUGCAGUUUUGUUGCAUCUUGGAUGACGAUGGAACUUUAUGAAGUGCCUUUUAGUAAAAAAAAAAAUAUAUAUAUUGAUACAUGACUUUUCUUCUCACGGGGCAGUGCAGUGCCAAUGAGGAUCAAAUACUUUCAGCUGGCUACUGGAAAAAAAAUAAUUCUUUUUUCUAACUGCAGAGUUCCUUUUCUGUCCUUUGCUCAUCAAAAAAUACAACUAUGACUGUUGUCUAAUAUCUUUGUACUUUGACUGUGCUAUUUAAAGUCAUCAUAACUGUUCAUAGUCCUAGAGAAAAAGGUUGUGAAAUUAUAGCGCUUAUUUUAUGUAAAGAAACCCAUUGUGUUGUUUGCUGUUUUAAGCUGAACUCUCUUUAACUGUCACGGUCAUGCAUGCAAAUGUCUAUUGAAGUCCUCGUUUUUCCAACUGUUUAUUCUAUGUCAAGAGAUUCAGUUAUGGCAUCUGAAAACACAAAGAGGCAUCAGUGGCAGUGAUGGAUUAUGCAAAGACUCACAGUUUACAUUUGCCUUUUUUGAAUUUUCUACAGCCUAUCAAACUUCACACCUUAAUGCCUUCCUCUCUCUAGUUUAAGCCUCAUCAGCAGAGAUGCAAAUCCAUUUUUUCUGGAUCAUUGUUUCAUAGCUUUUUUGGUGAAAGUUAUUGACAUUCCAGACCCGAACACAUUGAAGUCUUGGGAAGUCUUACCAAAUCACUCAGUUUAUUAUUGUAGAUUUUUCAAGUGGUGGCAGCUCUGGAAGUCCAAAUAACAUCUCUUAUAAGAUCACCUAAUCAAAGUUUUGCCAAUGGAUGAAUGUUCAUUGAUAGAUUCCUAUAAACACGAUCUAAAAUGUAUUGAUAUAACUUUGUAGGAUGUUUUUUCAAAAUCAAACACGGAAUAAGCCUCUAUCGUCAAAUAACAAAAGAUGUCCUUUUUUUUUUUUUUUAAAGAAGGGAUGUGUGGCUCAAGAAGCCUGUGUUUUAUGCUUUUGGAUGUUCCGUGCAUAACUUAAAACUAGUUUCUACAGCAUGUUUACAACACAUGUAAUGCUGUUUUUUUAUUAAUGAAUCAAAGAGUCUAAUGCUCUUUGGCUUAUGAUGGUUUUCUUCUUCUGCGAACUUUACAUAUCUGUUAUUGUGGUUAAUUGGAAUCAAGCAGUGAGAGAAUGUAUUUUGUGAAACAAAACCAAAAGACUUGAACGUAAGGGCUGUUUUGGCAAGGAUGCAUAUAAUUUAUUUUCAAGCUGCUCUUCAUCUCCUCAGUUGGAUAAUACUCACAUUUAAAAUAUGAUGCUGUCAACUGGCCCAGCAGUGCUCUUCACAUAUUUUUUUAUUGUAUGCACAACAGGAGACCAGCCACGGUCACAGACUGGUUGAAAGGGAAGAUGAUACGAUGGAUUUAUGUAUUUUUACACCUUUAAUGCCAACAGUGGACCAAAGAAUAUAGAGGGCCCAAUUGGCUGCAAUAAUUCUCUGUUACUUUAACUUUUUUUUAAAUUGUGGAUGGUGAUGUAUGUCUCCUGUUUGUUUGUUUGUUUUUUGAUCGAAAAAUGAUUUCGCUCUGCCUGUGAAUGUCUAUGUGUGUUUUUAAGCCUCAAUGUGCAUAUAAUAUCAUUUUAUAUUUAUAACAGUUUUUAUUUUAAAAUGUGAAUGUUUGGGAUUUUUUGAUAAGAUAAACUGUAUUUUCCUGCUUAAA